AUGGCUGGUAUCACCGUGGCGAUAAUCCUAACGGAGAGAUCAAUGAAUACGUGCCUCAACCACCAGUUGCAAGAUAUCAAAGCUCAUCACCAUGUGACCGCCACCACAACCACCACCACUGAUAAGGGGACAGUUGACAGUCCAGACAGACAGCCCUACAAACCCAGAGUACAUUGCGGGGAACGAGACGUCAUCACCACUCAAUACUUGAGGGGACAGGUCUUCCACUUAUUAUUACGGGAGGGUAUAGUUCCCACAACACAUACCGAACCCGAUGGACAAACACCACUCCAUGGACUCCAAGUGCUCUUCACACCGGCACUCAUGUCAAAGAUUAUGUGA